GAGGCUCUCCAAUUCGUUUGCAGCGCAUCAGCGGGAGAGACUAUACGAGGUGCAAUGAGAUUUAUGUGGAAAUUAGGCGGAUUUCAGACGCAUUAGUUGGACACGGCAUGCACUACUAUCCGAUUGUAGAUAAAGUUUACGAGUUGGUGCUUUGUUUCUGAUGCCCAUGGCAUUUCUCAUCCAUUGAGUCUGUCGGUGAGAUGCUGUGAAUGGAAACAUAUGGCGCAUGAAUAGAGACGAAAUUUAUGAAUGGGCAGAUGCGUAUGGCACAUUUUAGCAACUACUCCAGCACUGCGCGCGACUGCACGGAACAGCAAUGACCGGACCGAUCGGCGACUGAGUCUGGGAAUCAAAUACUGCAUGCAUUCCCUAGAAGGAAGGCUGCCCUCUGGAUGCAAGUGGUACGGAGGACCGAGCUACUUGCAAGUGUCCCAUGGAUCGCUAGAUGAAGGAAGGAUGGUAGAGGGAACCGACAUCCCUUUGAGGAAUACUUCCUCCCGAGAUGUGGGCAAAGGGGCACUCCACUUCCCCUGGGUCGCCACCACGCUGGCCAGUGUGCUUAUCACCACCAUUGUUGUGGACAUCCUUGGCAACCUGUUGGUCAUCAUCUCUGUGUUCAGAAACAGGAAACUCAGGAAAGCAGGAAAUGCCUUUGUGGUGAGCCUGGCGAUCGCGGACCUGCUGGUGGCUGUGUACCCCUACCCUCUUGUGCUGACAGCCAUCUUCCACGACGGCUGGAUCGCGGGCAGCAUCCACUGCCAGAUCAGCGGCUUCCUGAUGGGCCUGAGCGUCAUCGGCUCCAUCUUCAAUAUCACGGGCAUUGCCAUCAACCGCUACUGCUACAUCUGCCACAGCCUCAAGUACGACAAGCUCUUUUCCAACAAGAACACGGUUUGCUAUGUGCUGCUGGUCUGGGUCCUCACCACCCUGGCCAUCGUGCCCAACUGGUUCGUGGAGUCGCUGCAGUACGACCCGCGAGUCUACUCGUGCACGUUCGCCCAGUCCGUCAGCUCGCUCUACACCAUCACGGUGGUGGUGGUGCACUUCAUCUUGCCCAUCGCCAUCGUCUCGUACUGCUACCUGCGCAUCUGGAUCCUGGUCAUCCAGGUGCGGCGCCGCGUCAAGCCCGACAGCCGGCCCAAGAUAAAUCCGCACGACCUGCGCAACUUCCUCACCAUGUUCGUGGUGUUCGUGCUGUUCGCCGUCUGCUGGGCGCCGCUCAACCUCAUCGGCCUGGCCGUCGCCAUUGACCCACGCCUGGCGCAGACCAUCCCGGAGUGGCUCUUCACAGCCAGCUACUUCAUGGCGUACUUCAACAGCUGCUUAAACGCCGUCAUCUACGGCGUGCUCAACCACAACUUCCGCAAGGAGUACAAAAGGAUCAUACUGGCCGUUUUCAAGUUCCAGUGUUGAAUAAGCUUUUUUUUCCUAUUUAUUAUCAUUAUUAACAUUAUUAUUCCAUGAGGAUAUUAAGAAGAGACCUGUGACCGUAGGCAGUUUUGUGUGAGAUGCAAUAGGAAGUGUCAGACUCACUAUGAAUGAUGAGCACCUCCAGGUUUUACUGUCACUUUUCAUUUGUCCUGGCUGAUAAUGCAACCCUCUCAUUCUCAAGACCCGAAGUGCUUUUUGAAUGAUGAACU